AAUGCGGUUGUUGAAGAUUCUCGAUUAAAGCUACGUUAUCAUUCUUGUUAUCAUAAGCAUUAACCGAUAGUCCUUUGUUAUUAUAAUCGCUGGCAUUGUUUUGCAAACCCAUUUGUAUUAAUCACAUUGAUAAAAUAUUUUUUUUAUAUAUUUAUAAUAUGGAAAUUGAAGGAGAUUGUACUGCAAGUGGCCCAAUGAGUGCUGGAGCUCCCCGUGAUUCAAUUAGUAGUACAGGCUCCUCAACUAGCAGCACAUCAAUAUCUACAAAAACUGCUCUGAAUGAUUGCUCCUUGGCCUGGAUUAGUUAUCUUAAUGCACUGAAUAAUUUGUGUAGUGCGGGUUGUAAGCUGGGAAGUACGAUGACGGUAUUGGAACAGAGUGGAUUGUUUGUAGAAAAGUCUGGGAAAGGCUAUACCGAAAAGAAUUUCUUCCACAAUCUUCCAUCUUCUUAUUUAACACACUAUUGGAAUGAUUUAGCCAGAGCGACUGCUGUAGCUACAAGCACUGUGAAAGCACAUAUCACAGCACUUCUGCAGGAAUUUGUUGUAUUACCAACGGUUGAUCCGACAUCUAUAUGUGAAAUGGAGCAAAAACGCAUACGAGAUCAUAACGAACUUAUUAUUAUGGAAAAUGCACAGGCAAUGAUAAAUGUUCAGCAUCAAUUCUGCGCCGCUAGUUAUGAUGCCUUCUCAUCUUUAACGUGUUGUUUUGUUUGCCAGUCUCCUGUUGGCUUUCCACAUGAGCCGGAUUGUAUAAUGAUAAAGCAAAAAUCAAAUACAGACCCACGUUCCCAAACACCUUCACCAAACUUCGGUGGAACUUACAAAACAGAUUCAUCCAGAGGCAGCUGCGUAACAGAUCAGCGCACACAUCUACAAGGUUCUUUAAUUGGUCAGCAACUGGAGCAGACUGCAAAUCCUCUCGAUCAAACUCGUGGACCUUCACCACUUCAGGCUAUAUUUGAGAAUACGAAAGGACCAUUACCAAAUCCCGGGCACUUACUUGCAAUGAAAGGUCCGUUUGGUAGAGGAGUGAGAUCUCCAUUGAACAUACCUUUAUUUCCUUUAAAUGGACAACGUAGAUGGUCUGAAGCUGCUGCAGGAGAAGUAAAUGACGUAAAUUCAACUGAUGUCGAAAGUCAAAUGCGACGAUGGUCUAUGCCUUGGGAGGCAGUUAAAACUGAUCAAAACACAGUUACUUGGUAUCAAACUAGAAUAAUGCCAAUAAAUAAUGUCAAUUCACUACAUCACAAAACUCCUUGCUCUGAUAGAAGUGUUUCGAAUACACCAGACAUUAAUUGGCAAUCUUGUGCUAGUCAUGAUGGGUUAACGGAAGCUAUUCAACUCUUGUCCUGCCGGCCAUCAAAAGUUCAAUCUCAGCAUUUACAAGGAUACACCGCACAACAUAGUGAAAUACCAAAUAUUGACUAAUUCUUGUGUAAUCGAAUAUUUUACAUAUAAAUUAAACAUUAAAAAUCUCAACAACUGAAUAA